CUGAGAGAAGGGAAAGGGUUUGAGGUAUCACUCUGUGUCUGUUUCCGGGGCUCGUCCCUCCGUGAGCACUGUGGAGAAAGCUGCCCUUUAAGGCUUAUAACCAACAACUGGUGGAGUCGCCGGUUGUUCAUCGCUUCCUUUUUCCGGCUCCGGAGUGACAGCUCCUCCCGGGAGUACACGCGAUCUUCGGUCAAGUCCUCGCACAAGGUGCGGCAGCGGUGUCCCGGUCAACUUGUAAAAGUUUAACUUCCUGGCGGUUUAUGGCGGUUUUCUGCACGCGCGGCGGAACAACACGCGAGCAGGUCUGUCUUUAGAGAGCUGACACAGUUCGUCGGGCGGAGCUGUGAGCAGCUGGACUGUGACAGACCGGGGUCAUGGCCUCCGGUAAGAACAAGAACCAGACUUCUCUGGCCCUCCACAAGGUGAUCAUGGUGGGCAGUGGGGGGGUGGGGAAGUCCGCCCUCACCCUGCAGUUCAUGUACGACGAGUUCGUGGAGGACUACGAGCCCACCAAGGCCGACAGCUACAGGAAGAAGGUGGUCCUGGACGGAGAGGACGUCCAGAUCGACAUCCUGGACACGGCGGGUCAGGAGGACUACGCCGCCAUCAGGGACAACUACUUCCGGAGCGGCGAGGGCUUCCUGCUGCUGUUCUCCAUCACGGAGCACGAGUCCUUCACGGCCACGUCGGAGUUCAGGGAGCAGAUCCUGCGGGUGAAGGAGGAGGAGGCCAUCCCGCUGCUGCUGGUGGGGAACAAGUCGGACCUGGAGGAGCGGCGCCAGGUCUCCGCCGACGAGGGCGCCGCCAAGGCCAGCGAGUGGGGGGGGGUCCAGUACGUGGAGACCUCGGCCAAGACCAGAGCCAACGUGGACAAGGUGUUCUUCGACCUCAUGCGGGAGGUCCGCAAGAAGAAAAUGGCGGAGAGCAAAGACAAGAACGGGCCGAGCGGCAAGAAGAAGAAGAAGCGCUGCUCUAUACUUUAAAGGCCAGAACCAGGGGGACGGACUCUAACGGGCGGACUGCUGCACAGACACUCGCUCCAUCAGCUGGGGGGGGGGGGGGGGGGGGGGGCACCUGAAUACUCAUUCCUCACCUGCACCUUUCUUUUUACACAUGAAAAUGUAUUUUUCUCCAAAUGUAUAAAAUCCACGUUUAAUAAGAA